UAUUGUAAACGUUUUGAAUUACAAAUUGAUUGAUGUAGGCUAAUUCCUCAUCAUAUGCUGAUCAGGGAUCAGUCACACACAUGCAAAUCAUGACGUCCACAACUCCAAUUAGUCAAUCACGUGUGUUUAUUAGCCGACUGUCAGAUAAUMUUGACUGUUUUGUGUCUCUUGUGUCUCAUCUGCCACUCCUCGUGGUUUCAAGUAGCUGCAGCGCCUCUAAGUGAAUUUGCUCUCUCCGGAUCGAAGCAUCAUGGCCAAGACCGGAUUCUGCGAUUCCAUACCACUGCUGGACUUGCACAAGAAGGUAGCUGAAGAGAGACGAGCCCCCUUAAGAGCCAUGGCCAAUGCCUGUGGCCCCAAAGACCGUUGGCAGCCCCAGGAGGGAGAGUCCAGGGGGACCUACCAGAAAACUGAGCCAGAGGCCAGAUGGGCCAAGAGGCUGCCUGUGUCGACAGAUGAUGGCAUUAUCAUCGGCUUCCAUGAGGACGACAGCCCCUCUCAUUCAGAUGGCUGUAUGGCGGAAGAGGCUGUGCUGAUCUACCUGCAUGGCCUCCAGGGCCUCUAUAGCCUGCAGGAGUUAGUGCCUGGCAUGUUUCGUCAUGAGACUGAGCUGGCCAUGGAGACGCUUGGUCUUAUCUAUGACAGGAGCUACGCAUGGGACAUCUUCUCUGACAUGAUGAGAAGUCAGUUGCGGUUCACCUUCCCCAAUGCAGACCUACCCAGACCUUUCACAAACACCACCCGUGCCAUCCUGGUCGACUGGCUCAUCCAAGUCCAUGAGGUGUUCCAUUUCUCAGAGGAGACCCUCUACCUGUCUAUCCACCUCCUGAACCGCUGCCUACACCAGAUCAAGGUGAACACAGCCAAACUGCAGCUGCUGGGAAUGGUCUGUCUUUUCCUGGCUGCCAAGAAAGAAGAGUGUCUUCUCCCUGAGGUGUCUGAGCUGUGCUACCUCAUGGAGAAUGGCUACUCCAAUAGACAGCUGCUCCGUAUGGAGCGCCAGGUCCUCACUGAGCUGAACUUUGAGCUUUCCCACUGUUCUCCGCUGCACUUCCUGCUCCUCUCUGCCUCAAUCGCCCACUGCAGCGCCAAGUUGGUGUGGAUGGGCCGUUACAUUCUGGAGCUCUCUCUGUUGGAGGGACAGUGUYUGGUGUUCCUGGCUGCCCACCUGGCUGGUGCUGCCCUCUGUCUGUCCCGCAGGGUACUGCAGGAGCCCCCCACCCCAGAGGGAGAGACUGCCUGGUGUGUUGCCUCCAGUAUCCACAUAGGCAGUGAGACGACCCUGCUGAGGAUAAUGCUCAUCCAGGCAAGGGCUGCAGCCCGGGCCCAGAGCAGAGACACUCGCGCUACUUUCCUCAAGUACUCCACAGCAGGGACCAUGCAUGUCAGCAGCCACCCUUCCCUGCUGAGUGCCACCUGUCUGUUGGGCCAGCCAACUACACGCACCUGAAGCCCCACAGUAGCCUACACAUGAGGUGCGCGUCACUGUUUUUCUAUGGGAAUGGGCCAUUUUAGGAGGAAUGAGUAUCACAUUUUGAGAAAGGGAGACGGACAUCCUGAAUGAGGACUACUGGCCCUUAGUCACCUUUUACUUCUUACAGACAUUUCAUAUUGUAAACGAGAGAGCUUGAGAUGAAGGCUUGCGAGAUUACAUUUGACCCACCACAUCAAGAAGAGGUGUGAUGGGAGGAAGGGGACGUCAAUAUAAUAUGCAGUACCAAACUGACUUGUAUGGUUAAGCAGGACUUGAGUGCCUGUUCUGGACUAGCCAGUGCCACAUUUAUUUUAUGCUCUUAUCUUGGAUCUAAUUGCGAAUAAAAAAAUAAAAAAAAGUUAUUUCAAUGAUGCUUCAUCUUUUUUACUGUUUCUUGUAAAAUGUMGGGACAAAAAAAGCAGGCUUCCAUUGUUUAAUGUGAUAUGGUUUAAUGGAACUUUUUU